AUGAAAAAUGAGAUGCGAACCACUGUGAUGGUAUCAGUAGUAUUGGUCGGAGUGUUAGCUCUAGCUGGAAUUAUCAGCUGUAUGAUAAUAAAACGUCGAAAGAAGGGAAUGGAAGAAAUAGAAGCGAUACAGAGAUGUGAAGCAUUGCAGAAAUAUCUUGAAACGGGUGUUGAAAUUGAUCAAGGAACGAUGGAUGUAAAUGUGGACCCUAGAAUGCGCCAAAAAUUAAUGUCAACAAGGUCACGUCACCGAAAGGAACGUAUCAGUCUGCCUUUAAAUUCGAGAAGAUUUCGAUUCAGCAAAUUUCAAAGUUCGGGACAACAAAGCACUAAUAUUAAUGUCAAUAAUGAAGUAGGUCUGUCCGUUUUCAUAAGUGAACCUACUUCUAGCUAUUUUAAAUCAGGCUGUUUCUUGACAAUUACCUUGAAUCUAGAGUUAACCGAGACUUCUAUAUUCACAUUUUGA